AUGGCAUUCGUAUUCAAGGCCACCGGAAGGGAUUCUGGCCGACCGCAGACAUCCUCUUCCCCGUCUGCCGGCGCGAAGAAACGCCUUUCCCCGCUCGGCAGCCCCGAGCAGCCCCCUGGCGGUGAAUCGCCUGUGUCUGCCCAGGCGACGAGGCAUCUCCGUUCCGCCGGCGCCACCCCCACGCCCGCGUUCUCCCCUCACAUGAAGCGAACUCCGUCCUCGCUGUCGGGCUCGCCGUUAGCGCCCAGGUAUGGCGACGGAGCGUCGUCUACUUUGACGGCCGCCGCUGGACGGGCCGGCAAUCCGUCAAGCGCAGCAGCACGCCGUGGAGGAGCCACUGGCGGCGGUGAUGGCGGCGUCCGCGGCUCCCCGUCGCCGUUCUCGCUGCGUCGACCCGCUCUGAGUGCAAGCGGUAGUGCGGGAGGUAGUCCAGGACGUGAUGCUGGUGCUUCCCCCGGUGCUGCUGCUGGUGGUGGUGGUGGUGGUGGCGGCUCGGAGAGGGACGGAAGUGGGACGACGGACAGCAGUGUGGGGAGUGGGAUACUCACCGCCGCCGAUAUCUUGGCAUAUCGCGCUAGCUCAGCGCGCAAAGGAUCGCUGCACGCCGGUCAGAGUCGCUCCGCGCACCGCCAGCGCCACGAAGACCAAAGUGCGCAUGAGCACUUGCCUCGACACCGCCAGCAGAAGUCGCUGGACGACUGUGAAUCGCUUUCACUCCGUCACGGUUUCCGUCAUCAUGGGGCGGGGCUAGGCGGGAGUCCUAGCAGCAAUCGCGUGGCGCAGCCUUCAAAAGGGGCAGCGGCCGCUAAAUCCGCCCACAGGCCCGCUGCCGUGGCGGCGACGACGGAUGCCGCGUCGAGUGCUGGUUCGGUGGCUUCUGCCUCAUCCGACGUCAGCACCCGAGCCUCUGAGUCAGCCUCGGCCAGUCGUCGUGGCGGCCAUGCGAGCCCGCGUGCGAAGCCGAUGGACGCUCGUCACAAGUCGUCAUCGUCGCUAUGGAGGUCGCCAUCCGCGUCGUUCCCCUCUCCCCCUGCUGCAUCCGCAGGCGCCAAGUCAAGAGGCGAGGCGGGCGCGUCGCCGUUGUCAGCAAAAGCGCCGCAGCAAGCGGCAGCGCGCGCCAUGAUGCUGCGGCGGUCACGUAGCUUCUCCACGUUCUCGCGCCCCCCUGCUAGCGCUGCGCCUGCUGCGACUGGCUCGUUGUCUGGAGCUAGUUCCGCGGGCGGCAGCAACAGUGAUGCCCAUUCCGCGUGCGCCUCUGGCGGUAAGCGGAGCGAGAAGGAUGGCGGAGGAGGAAGCACGAGCAACAAGCUGCUUCGAAGCCACAGCGUUGAGGGCAGCUGCGACGUGGGCGGCGAGAGUGCGGGCGACAGCAACGCGCUGUUUGCUCGGGCGGGAGGUGCGAGCAGCAAGAACAGCAGAGUCAAGGGGGGGCGUUCGCGCUACAAUCAUCCUCAAUAUGCGCAACUGCAUCAUCUCGACGCGCCGUCGUCGGCUGGCAGUGCAGCCUCGGCGCGCCGAGCGGGAGCGGCGCGGACCGGGGUGGACGCGCAGAUGGGGCUGCACGCAGAUUGGGGCUCGCUGGCAGAAAUUAGGGCCACGGGUGAUGCUCCCCGCGCGGAUACUCCUGCUGCUGCGUCUGCGCGCACAGCUCGUACCGCUCGUGCGGGUUCUGGUGCGAGUGAGCGCGGCGACUCCACGCUACCCGGAAGCCGCAUCGCGCUCUCGAGGUCGCGAUCGGGUCUGCGGACGGCGGUGUUUCGGCGGCUGUCGUUCUCGUGCGAGGGCGACGACGAGACCGGCGAGGAAUGCCGGCUGGUCGCGGAGAGUCACAGCGAUGGGGAGCAGGAAGGGGAAGGGGGGGAGGCGGAGGGCACGGGAGGAGUCAGCGCGAGGACGAUCGCCCUUGCUGCUUCGGAUUACGAUGGGCCUUUUGGGACGGGAAGGGUGAGUGGAAGCGCCGUAUCUGGGGCACGAGGCGACAUGCCGUCGCGCGGGCUGGACCGCCAGUGGAGGGACAAGAUCCGAGACGAGCUCGACGCCCUGCGCGCGUUGGUGGAGGAGUCCGCCAGCACUGCGGGCCCCCACCCUGCUGCCACCACCGCUGCUGCUGCCGCCGUUCCCGCACAAGGAUCGCUUUGGCAGGCUCGUCAGUCCCUGCGUUUAGAUCAGGGUGCUUCUGCGGUAGCAAGCACGGAUGGGGACGGUGGUGCGGCGCUUGCGUGGCUGGGGCGUGCGAGGCGCGAAUUGGAGAGCAUUCUUGGGAGGCGAGGCGGAGGACGUGGCGUGGAGUGCGGUAAUGGAGAAGAUGCUCAGCUUGCUGGAUCACUAAAAGAGCUGAAGCCACAGGAGCGUCGUUGCUUCGCCACCUCGUCUGCAUACGGCCCAGCAGAGGCAGCCACAGAGGGUGCAGCAGAUGAGGGGAAGGAAGGAGUGAGGGAAGCAGCAAAAGGUGCAGCAGGCGGCAGUGAGUCAGUGGAAGUCGCCAGCGUACAGCACGCCACACUCUUCCCUGCCAGGAAUGUUCCAACGGACACUGCUCCACAUGCCCGAGCACACCUCCCUGCGCUUUUGCCUCCUGCGCUGCCUACCCCAGGGGUGCUGGGGGUGCUGCCAUCGGCAGGGGGGUGGCUAGGCCGACCCAGAGGGAAGGCAAGGGGAGCUGGCUGGAUUAGUGCGAGGGAAGGGGGAGGAGGAGGGAGUAGAGCUGGGGAGUUGGUUCCUCUUGGGAGGGGGAAGGAGUUGCACUUGGAGAGCCAUAUGGUGCGGUUCUGGGCGCAGGAGAGGGGGUACCUACACAUGCUGGGCCUGCCAUCAUCACACCAAGUGGCUGCUAUGGGGCAAGCACAAGGCGCCAGUUUCACCACUGGGGCUCAUGAAGAUGCUCUUCCGCGUCCCUCCUAUUACCGUCAUCGUCAGCAGCAGCAUAGCAUGCCCCCUCGUGCCUCGUCACGCCCUCUUGCCCUCCACCCGUCUGUUGGGACCUCCCUGCUGCACCCAGCACUGCGCCACGCCAGGCUUGCAGGUGGCAGCCGUGUGCAGGCAGAGACAACAGCAGCUGCUGCUGCUUCUGUUGCCGCUGCUGCUGGUGAUGAUGGUGCUCUGGGGCAGAAUGCUGGUGAUGGUCUUCCUUCGGCAGCAGCAGCAGCAGCAGCAGCAGAAAUCCCUGCUCUGCACGCAACGGUGGUAUCACAGGGCGGUUGUCAGCAUGCGGGGGAGAGGAAGCGGAACGAUGGGGGAAGAGAAGGGGAGUGGGACACGGGGAAAUUGUGGGGGGAAGAAAGGGAUUGGGGCAUGGAGAGCGAUGUGCGGGACCUGAAGCUGUACGCUCCCCGUUUCAACCCUCUCUUUGAACCCAAUGGCACUUCGUGGGAGAGUGGCGAGAGCAGAAGCUGGCGCCGCACGAGAGAUGGUGCCAAUGAUCACAAGAAGCCAAGGGACAUGCUGGUUGGGGGGAGACGUGGUGCUGUAGAGGGUACAGAGACCAGGGGUGGGCAUGUGCAGGUGCGUGAGUGUGGAGGUGUUGUGGGCGGCACAUGUGCGAGGACAUGUGCUGAUGGUGAUGCCGCCUGCACUUGCAAUGUGGUGGGCACACGAGAGGGUGGGCUGGUUGAGGACUCAAGGAGUGAGGAAGAGAAUAUGGACGCUGUACAGAGUGCAGAGGGGCCUAUGAGGCAGGAGGGCGGGGAGGGAGAGGUGCAGUUCGCAGCGGUCGGUGACAGCAUAGCAGGCAGUGGCGGCAGUGCAGGUGAGGGUGAUGGCGCUAUGGAAGACGAGCCCUCGCAGCAGCAGCAGGUGCAGGAGCAGCUUGGGGUUGAGGGGGAAACGCCUCGUGCAGCACUGGGCAGCAGCGAGGGUGAUGGCAGCAGCGAGGGAGGUGUUGACGAAGAGGCGUUGGGGUUGACGCGCAGGGGCAGUGAGGUGGUGGUGCUGGGGAGUGGACAGGAAGGGGAUGCGAGGGGUGGAGGAUGGAGCAGGCAGGGUGGUAGGAGGGAUACGUUGCUUGGUAGCAGGGUGCAGGGAGGGAUGGGUCGCGGCAGCGGUCGUGGAAGUGGAGGGAGUUUCGCAAGUGGAUACGAGGCCACUGAAAUUGUGCUCUUGGCGCAUGUGCGGGUGCCCUUGACCGCGCUGCACGUGGUGCUGCUAGUGGCGCGCCCGUCGCUCCUGGCGCGCUGCCUCACAGCACUCGCAGGGAUCAUCUGGGGGCCCCGACCCUGGCGCUUGGGGGCAGGCGGGGACGGCGGGCCAGGGAGGAGGGGAGGAGUGGUUGAGAGGGGGAGGGCGGAUGGGCAUGGUGACGGCAUGGAGAGGGAGGGAGCGGGUCGCAGGGAUCAACUGCUCUUGUCAAACGGGCCAAGCACGCCAGCAGGUGCAGAGGCGAGUGAGAAAAAUAAGCAAGACAACGAGCAUGAGAGUGAGGAAGAGGCAGGGGGACACACAAACAUGCCCGAGCAAGAGCAGCUGCCUCUCGCUGCAACUCCUCCGCCCAUCACACCCAUUCCUUCACCACCCAUGCCAUGCCUCCCUGUACCCGCUGCCUCCACACACACACACCAACCCUGCAUGGCUCUCACCCCCAUGGCUGGAAACCGCACACUGGCUGUGGGUGGGCCUCCUGUGGCUGAUCCUCCCACUCCACCGACUCCACCGCUUGCUCUCCCAACACCCCCAUUUUCAUUCGCACCGUUGGCAACAGAAGCUGCAGAAGCAGCUACAUCAACACCUCGACCAUCACAAAACCACCUUGAAAUCGAAACUGUGAGCGAGGAGCAGCAGCAGCAGAAUGAUCAGCAGCCACACCCGAUACAUCUCCCACGAUUCCCUCCCCACUCGCCCCCCCUGCCAUCGCACACAUGCCAUCCUCUGCCCCACUUGCCCAUCGUGCUGCCGGCAUCAGCAUGUGCGGCGCACGGGGGUCUGGCGCAGCAGCUGAGCGUGGUGGCGUGGGAGCGCGUGCUGGCAGCCGUGGCGGAUGGCAGGCGCGUGGACGCCGCUCUCUGGAUGACCUGCCAGGCGCUCCUUGCUGCUGGCCUCGCUGCUGGCUCCGUGCUGGGCAGUGCUGCUGGUGGUGGUGGUGCUGCUGCUGGUGGUGGUGCUGCUGGUGGUGGUGGUGGUGCUGUUGGUGGUGGUGUUGCUGGUGGUGGUGCUGCUGCUGGUGCUGCUGCUGCUGCUGCUGGUGGUGGUGCUGCUGCUGGUGCUGCUGGUGCUGCUGCUGGUGCUGGUGCUGGUGCUGCUGCUGGUGCUGCUGGUGCUGGUGGUGGUGGUGGUGCUGGUGGUGGUGCUGGUGGUGGUGCUGGUGGUAGUGCUGUUGCUGGUGCUGGUGCUGGUGCUGGUUGUGCUGCUGGUGGUGCUGCUGGUGGUGGUGCUGCUACUGCUGGUUGUGCUGGUGGUGCUGGUGGUGGUGCUGGUGGUGGUUGUUAA